CAAAUCCAUGUAAAAAUAGCGGAGUGUGUAUGAACAGCACAGAAGGUUACAUCUGCCAGUGCAGACCUGGUUGGAGUGGACCAACAUGUGAACGUUGCACACCAAACCCAUGUAAAAAUGGUGGGACGUGUAAAGCGUCAUCGUCAAUGAAGCCAGGCAUCGCUUGCUAUUGUACACCAGAUUGGCAAGGAGCGAUGUGUGACACUCCUAAGAAACAAGAUGCUCCUAAUAUUGUUCUUGUAAUUACUGACGCACUCGGGUACAAUGACGUUGGGUUUAGGAACCCCAAGUUUGUAACCCC